AUCCAUGAUCCAUAGCGAGCAAAGAACACGAACUAGGUGAUACAUAACAAAAUUUGACAACAAGACGAGCAAAAUGGACUGUUUUAUGCACGAUCAAUGAAAUGCCACUCUUUCAUACGAGAAAAGUCAGUAGAGACGAGACUCAGCGAAGGCUAGAGCAGCGCUUAGUAGUCGCGAAAGAGUCUCCAGAGUCCACGUUUGACUUGUCUGACUGUGGAAUAACAGAGCUUCCUAAAGAUGUGUUCUCUUUGUGUCGGGUUUUGAGAAAGCAGACUGUUUUGCUGAAUGAUAAUGAUCUUCCGAAUCUCAAAGGAGGUGGACAAUUAAAAGAUCUUGCAGAUGCCAGGAUCCUGGUUCUUUCCAACAACCGUCUUACAUCUCUCCCUGCUGACUUGGAUGAGCUGAGGUCACUCCAAGUCCUUGAUGUUGCUAAUAACAAACUCAAAAGCCUACCUAAAGCAAUCGGUGGGCUCUCCAGUCUCCAAACCCUUGAUGUUCAAGGGAAUAACUUGCAGUCACUACCUCUUGAAAUCGGCAACUUGAAAUUGUUGAGGUCUCUCAAUGUUUCUAACAAUCCUAAGCUUGAUGCUCUACCCGCCUCUUUAGCAUACUGCAGACUGCUAGAAGAGAUAACUUUAGACAUGGACAAGAUAAGUGUCCCACCAAAAGAAAUUACGCAGCAAGGAGUAGCAGCGAUACUAAAGUACCUCUGUCAAUGUGCUGGAAUUGAAUAUGAACCAUCGUCUAAACAAAUCCUGAAAUCUCUCGAUCCUGCUUGUGACAGCUGUCAUUCAAGUGUUGACCCUAUUGACAAACUAGUGGCAGAUGCUUUGAACAGUCACAGUGUUGAUCAGGAUAAGAAACAAGAGCAAAUGUGGAUGCUUGAAAAACAAAUGAGGGAGCUGGACUCUGAACAGCAAGCCCUGGCCAACCAGGCGAACAGGUCGCACGACGACCUUCUGCAGCGAAUACAGCAGGCUGAGGCUGAUAUGGACAGUGAUAUUUUGUGGGAGCAGUACAAGCAAGAGUCAAGGCGGGACAACAUGUCUUCUCUCAUGGCUGCAGAUGAACAGCUGAACUCUGACACAGUUGCCAUGAUUCUCCAGAUAAAUGAACGAUCUGGCAAAAGAGAGGCUCUCCUAGACCAGCUAGAAAUUGAGAAGCUCAGGACUGAUCAUCUGGUCAAAGUUACACAAGAUGAAGAGGAAAGACUUAGGAAAGAAGAGGUGAUAGCUUCAAUGGCACGUCUACUCGAAAACAGACGAAACCAAGAAAGGAUCCUGAAUGAGUAUGAAUCUACACGGCAACAAGCGAUGAGGGAUGCCAUCAAAAGUGAAGUGGAGGCGAAUAGUCAGGUUCAAGACGUUCUUUCUGAGCAAGACCAAGAUAGAGGUUCGCUAAAGAGACAGAUCUCCACACAGGAGCAUGCGCAGAUGCAAGCAAUUCAGGCUUUGCAGCUACAGAAGGAUGCCAAACAUCGCAGGCUCACAGAUCAGAUUGGAAUGCUUCAAGACGAACUAGCGUACCUGACAGCUGUCGAGUUGGAAAAACGCGACGAAGAGCAGGAAGCCGAGAAGGUUGCCUUAGCAGCCAAGCGAGAGAGCAUCACUUCUCUCAUGUCGCAACUCGUCGAUCAGCAGCGUCAACGAGAGGGCGAGCUGAUGAAACGACUGGUUGAAAUGGAAGAGCGGCGAGUCACGGAUGUCGAAGAUUAUUGGCUGAUUCAGUACCAGCGGCUCUUGGACAGUAAACCACAGUCGCUACUAGAAAAGGAAUGUGAUCACGUGAUUGCUGACGUUCUGAAAGAGGCAGAGGCCGAGCAGUACUGUUCGCUGUUUGCCCGUCAUCGCAUCACGUGGAAGAUGCUGAAAUCCAUGACAUCUGAGGAGCUUAAAGAGAUGGGCAUUCAUGAGCGGGGCAUUCGUAAGGGAAUAAUGGCUGUAGUCGAGGCACGCGCACUGGUGGAAGGCAAGGCGAGGCGCAAGGAGAAAGAAAUAUCGCAAGCAGAGGACCCUGAGCGUAGUCAUCCCCAGCCCUCAGCUCCACCAGUUGAGGCCACAGCUACCCCAACAAUGUCGAACUGUUCCUUGUAUCCGGAGUGUGUAAUCUGUUUGGACAAUCGGUCUGACGUUGUGAUGCUGCCUUGUGGUCACGUGUGCUGUUGUUCUAACUGCGCAGGCGCGGUAUCAGCAUGUCCGAUAUGUCGUCAGACCUUAUCCCAACGGGUGCGGAUGUACAUCAGUUGAUGGGAUCUCAACCGUGUACGGCGUUUACCCGGCGUUUUUCGCUAUGCGCCGAGUUGUGACCGCCUCUUGUUUUUUUUUUUGUUUCUUCUGCUGGCCCACAGAAAACCCGCUUAAAUCGCCGGGGACCUCGCGUCAGUUCACAACCCUCUUGUCGCGUCGCGACGGAAGCCUCUAAAUAAAACAGAAUAAAGUAGGCUGAACACAGAAAACCCGCUUAGUUCGCCGGGGAUCUCGCGUCAGCUCACAACCCUCUUGUCGCGUCGCGGCGGAAGCCCCUUGAUAAAGUAAAGUAAAGUAGGCUGAACACAGGAAACUUCUGGAAGUUCUGGAUUUCACCAGAACUUUCAUCUUUUGUAUAACAUCCUUGCCUGCGCCACACCAGAUACCCGCCCCGUUUAAUCAUGGCUUUACUAAUGCCAGAGGCAAUAGCUUUUCAAGCACUUAAUGAAACUAGCUUAGCAUUUAAAGUAUUUGAGGCCUGAAUUAUAUUCAACGGAUGUACAGCUUAGUAAUAAUUAAUCUACAAUAUAAAUCAACUCAAAUUUACAAUGAAA